AUGGCCCAGUCGGACCCCACACAGCUCUUGCACGUGGGCCGGCAGAUCUUCAUCGGCUUCGCCGUCAUCGGCCUGGCCUUCAACGGGGUCCGCCUGCGGCAGGCCAUGCUGGCCAAGAGAGAGGUGACUUUGGAGGACCUGAAGGUCCUGGUGUCCAUCAGCCGCUCGCGAGGCCUCCUCCCAGGCGGCGAGAUGGGGGCGGUUGGGCAGGUUGAGCACACCGAGCCCAGCAAGGAGCAUCGCGAUGACCAGGCGCCCCCCGGAACUCAGGUGCCUCUCUGA